CUCCCAGGCUGCUGCUGUUUUGGCGUUUAUGAUAAACGGAGCACACUGCAGCAUUGUUGGCAUCUGUGUGUGUUAAUUACCUGCCGACUGGUGGCCAUCUGCAGUGGUGAGGCCAGCCUGGCUCAUCACGGGGACUUGGCUGGAUAAUCUGGGUUAAGGGAUUAGGAGAGAAGGAGCAGGAGACUGCGAGCGGGGCUCUGCAGAAACAAAGCUCUGCAGACCUGCUCAUCGCAGUCAGGGGAGAGGAGGCUUUGUGGAGGGGACUGAUUUAUUCCGUUUUCUGAGGUUCCACAGAAGGAAGUACCUGUUUCCCUCUACACGUUUUCCUCCCCCCUCCCCUUUUGGGUAUGUCCAUUUUUCCAUGUGGAUACUUUUAACACAAGGACUUUGAAGAAUCAAAUCUCGGUCCAAGAGUACAGUCUGCCUUCAGCGUUCACUUUUUGUUGUUUUUUUUGACUACCCGUUUCGUUUCAGCACUUUUUCGGGGGAGUGGGGGGGUGGGUGGAGCUUUGGAAGUGCCUGACUGGACAACUGGGCUGUUCUCUUGGCAGCAAAUCAAUGAUUUUGAAUUGAAGCAGGUCAGACUUGGCUAGAGUCAACCAAAUCUCUGGGGGUCUCCCUGAGAGGGGUGAUGGGCAGGCCCCUCCCUUUGCUUUGAGCUGUGCAUUGGGGGAAGACAAGUACAGGAGAGAAAGAGGUGGGGGGAGCAAUUCCGCCCUGCCCCCGCCGUGACAGCCCGAACUGGAGCACCAUGAUUGCAUAUGUGCACUGCCUCUCCUCGGAGCCAGUGGUGAGCUGCUGGCACCGGGCCUACUAUGAGGAUGAGGAGGAGCUGCUGCCCCUCUACACACACAAAAUGGGGAACAUCCAGCCCAAAGCGCAAGGCCGCAUCCGCAGAAAACUCCUGCAGCACGGUGGCCAGGAGCAGGAGUCCCUCUGGACCUCGAAACCAGUGCCAGCUGUAUCAAAUCUGGAUGACGAGAGCAAGUGGACAGUCCACUAUACAGCUCCCUGGCACCAGCAGGAGAACGUCUUCCUGCCUAGCAACCGGCCUGCAUGUGUGGAGGAUCUGCAUCGCCAAGCCAAGGUCAACCUGAAGACUGUGCUGAGAGAAUGUGACAAAUUAAGGAAGGAUGGAUUCCGCAGUUCCCAGUACUACUCCCAGGGUCCUACUUUCUCCAGUUCCAACCUGUCCGACAGCAGUUUGCCUGACCACGAGGAUGCUGACAAAAAGCAGCCUAGUCUCUUAGGCUGCCUAAGUCAGUCUUGCCUUACUGUGUGCUGUGAUUUGAGUCCCUGGAAACACAAGUCCACAGUUUCGUCCACUGAAGAAGAGAAACUCAUUUAUUCCAUGAGGCCCAAGACGCCACUACUGGGAGACGUGUCAGACAUUGAUAUCAAGACCAACUGGACCAAGUCUCUUCCGCUGCCCACCCCGGAAGAGAAGAUGCGCCAGCAAGCCCAGGCAGUACAGGCAGACGUCAUCCCGAUCAAUGUUACAGGAGAAACCUUUGACCGCCAGGCCAGCAUCCGGCGGUCAUUAGUUAACACUGACACUGUGGUAAGACGGCCGAAGAAAGUCAAAAGGAGAAAGACAAUUACAGGGGUCCCCGACAACAUUCAAAAGGAACUAGCAGGGAAGGCAAAUGGUGAUUUUCGAGGUCACUCUAUGUACAUCCCUGGUCAGUACUCGACUCUGGGGAGAAUUGGCAGUGGACACUCUUCAAUGCGCAGGUCUGAGACAAGGGACUCCAGCUGCCAGACAGAAGAGAUUAAAAUAGUGCCGCCAUCAGUGAGAAGGAUCCGAGCACAGAAGGGGCAGGGCAUUGCGGCUCAGAUGGCCCAGUUCUCCAACUCUUCAGGGAGCAUUUCUUCCGUCACUGAUAGCGCAGGAGUGAUAUUUGUCCCACAGGUGAAUGGGGACAAUCGUUUCCACAGCUUGCCAAGGCAAGGAGCCCGAGUGUCCCUGCAGACGAUGGAACAGUCCUACAGCAUGGCCCACAAACCUGACAGCAUGUCUUCAAGCACCUUGCCAAGGCAGAUCAGCAAACUGCAAGCCGAUGAAACAGUGGUCCAUCUCCGGAACACUCCCAAGACAGGAACGCUCCCCAGGCCCAAGUCCCAGGAAGUGAGAAGCUUCCAAAGCGAAACAGUCACGAGUGCUGCCUGCGUGGUAUCUCCUCACGCCACUUACUCCACCACUGUCAUCCCCAAUGCCACGCUUCCAUCGUCGGCAGAGGUCAUCACAAUUCACACCACCCAGAACUCAUCUCAGCUGGACAACCAGAUGAGGUCAAUGUCUUCGUACUCUGACAGACCUCUCAGUGCAACCGGUGUCAACAGUGAAGUAGCUUUGAAGGAUGAUCAGCAGUUCUCUUUUACCCCAGCAACAACCCCAUCCCGCUGUGAUUCAGCUGUAUCCCUUAACACUGGCAACAAUACGGAAACGGAGUCCCAGUGCAGCACUUUAGAUGGAAGGAAAGACUGCGGUGCCAAGGAUACCCGGAGUGAAUCCAGCUAUUCAGACAACAGCUUCCAAAGCAGGAGCACAGUUCCAGCAGAUCAGUGGAUAUAUGACACACCAGAGAAUGUCAUGCCCAAGAGGUCCCUCACAUCUAGCUGCUCUACACCAGUCAAUCACAUCUACAGCAGCCUGGAGAGGAGUCCCAGUAAAACGGACACAAGCUCCUUGUACUCCAUGGACAAUGAUGGUUAUUACACCUCCAUGCACCUGGACUCGGGAAUCAAGUCCAGAAGUCACAAUGGCAUCAAUGGAAUGAGACACAGCAUGUAUGAGUGCAGAGAUCAUCAGAGUCAGGAGGACAGGCUCAGCCUUCACAGCGAGAAAUCCCUGUCACGUAGCAUCUCUUUGAAGAAGGCAAAGAAGCCCCCUCUUCCUCCUGCCAGGACGGAUUCCCUGAGACGCAAACCAGGUAAGAAGUCUCACCCCAGUGGGCCAGUCCUGAAUGAAUCCUUGAUCGCCACGCUACAGCAGUCCUUGCAGCUCAGCUUGAAGAGCAAGAGUGGCUCCUCCCCAUCACAAAGCCCUUCCAGUGAUUAUGACGACCCUUGGGUGCUUCGAUCCCGCAGUCAGAGCACAGUCAGUGCCAGCAGCAGCGGUGUGUCGGCCAUGGGCGUCAAUGUGUAUUCCAUCUGCACUGUCACCCCUUCCCACAGCGACACGAGCAGUGUCAGAUCAGAGUACGUUGAGCCCUGGUGCUAUUACAUGGACAACAGUUCACAACAGAGUGAGCAGCUCAAAUCUUCCGCCACUCCCUUUACCGAUGCUGGUGCAGCUCCAGUAGAUUGCAGCAAUCUCCCCAAUGGGUCACAAACUUCAUUACCACAUGCUCAAGACCCCUCUGUCAAACCAAAGUUGGCCUCCUCUCCUGACAAAGUGCACAGAGUGACGUCUCCAUCGAGUGGCUACUCCAGCCAGUCCAACACCCCUACCGCCGGCACUCCUGUUCCUGCCUUCCUGAGGUCCAUGUCUCCGGCUGGUGGGAAGUCCAAGCCAAAAGUGCCUGAGAGAAAGUCCUCCCUGCUGUCCUCUGUGUCAAUUUCGUCUUCCUCUACAUCUUUGUCGUCGAACACAUCUGACACAGUAAAAAUCCCUGCCGGUUCCAACCCACCUCCGUUGCUCCAGUCUGUUCUCCCUGUGGCCCCACUUCUGCCUUCUGAUUCCAGUCCCAUGGCACUGCCUCAUGCUUCCCCUCUCCCUCCCCCUCCUCCUCCUCCAAACAGUUUUAUAUCCACCAGCAUAACACAAGAACAUUUCCCUCCUCCACCAGCUCCUCAGCUGCCGGCAACUCCCAUUACAUCACCUCCAUCAAAGAUCCUGUCCCCUAAGAACCCUUCUCCUCCUUUCCCUCCCCCUCCUCCUCCAGAUUUCAUGUUAGACUGUGUUAGUGUUACUCAAAGUCCACCCCAUCAUCUUCCUUUGCCUGUCUCCACUCCUCCCCCACCUCCAGCCCCGCCUUUACCUGUCAUGGCCCCGCCUCCAGCUCCACCUUUACCUGUCAUAACCCCCCCACCUCCACCUUUACCUGUCAUGGCCCAGCCUCCAGCCCCACCUUUACUUGCUAUGACCCCACCUCCAGCACCACCACUAAGCCUGAAGGGCCUUAAAGAUGCUAUAAAACCUGCAUCAUCUCCAAGCAUUGACAACACAUUCACAGGGAGUAAGAGAUCUGUUUCCAAUCCUCCAGGAGAACCUGGAAAAUCUGUGAUGCCACUGAUCACUCCUAAAGCCCUUCAAAUGGUGCAGCUGAGGUCCAUCAAGAAGCCAGGAAAAUCCAAUGCUGAAACAAUCGACACUACCAACACUCAGGAAACACAGGAAUUUACUGAUUACCACAAGCCCUUAACACCAGAGAAGCCUAUAAAGCAACAACAUCCUGUUUUGCUACAGCAGACGUGCUUAAGCUCCAGCUUGGAUGGUUUUCAGAAGCCUCCAGCACCUGUUAAAAAAUCGCAAUUAUGUUCCUCUGAUGACUCUGUGUUCACACAUCUGGACAAAGCUGCAAUCACUGGUCAAACAGACAAAUCAGCAAUACAAAAUAAGAAACUCGUCAGCUCAGGGUCCACAGAUGAGCCUUUGCCUGUGGUGGUCGAUUACCAAACCCAGAGUCAGUCUGAGACAAUGGAAACGCCACCGUUGCAGGGUAGUGCCACCAAGCAGAAACCACCUGUCUUCUCAAAGAAACCCAAACUGACUCUCAUUAUGUCUCCAUACAAGCCACAGCCAGCCUCAGAAGAAGAGAAUUUGCACUCUUUGGAGGCAGAUGUGGCACAGGUACUGAGUCCACAAAAUGGAGUUUCUGUUACUACUGACCCUCUCAAACUGUCAGACGAUGAAGAUGACAAUACAACUAUGAGCUGCACUUUGGGAGCCCAGACCACACAGAGUGAUGACGCCCCUGAUAACCAGCAGGAAGAGCAGACCAUUUCAGAUGACAAGAACAAUUCAGAUGGAGAUGGAACCGGCAGCACAACAGGGUCUAUAAGUUCCAAAGAUGAAGAAAAUGGUGAGGUCUUUGACUCUGACACCGCGAACUCCUCGCCCCCGCCCGCCUCCCGCAGGGAAGCGCUGGAUGACAUGGUGACGCCAACGAGACCGAGGACAACGGAGGAUCUGUUUGCGGCCAUUCACAGAUCCAAAAGGAAAGUUCUGGGCAGGAAGGAGUCUGAGGAGGAGCGGGUGCGAAGCCACUCCCCAUCCCCCCCGGUCACCCCCACCGGGGGGGCACCAGGCCUGGCCUCUCUCGCCCGGCCGACCGGCUCUAUCCAGCGCAGUGUGCGCAAGACGGCCACCAGCAGCGACAGCUUCAAAGCCCUCCUGCUGAAGAAGGGCAGCCGCUCCGAGACCAGCUUCCGCAUGUCUGCCACAGAAAUGCUGAAGAGCACCGACCCCCGCUUCCAGAGAACCCGCUCCGAGUCUUCCCCGGAGACCCCCGACAGCCCUGGCUCCUGCAGCUCCCCCUGCCGUGGCAGGAGAGCCCAGGAGGAGUGGGCCAGGAGUGAAGGCUUGCUGCCCAGACUCUCCUCCUCCUCCUUCUCGGGCAUGAAGUACGGCCGCUCCCGCACCCCCCCCUCUGCCGCCAGCAGCAAGUACAACGCCCGUAGCCGCCUCCUCAGCAGCCCCAUGACUGUCAUCUGCGAGAAGGAGGGCGAGCAGGCUGAGGCAGCCGACUCCUGUGGUCCCGCCGACAUCAACUGGGAUGGCACGCUUGAGGACCAGGCGCUGGAGGAUGGAAUGGCAAAUAACGGGGAUCCCAGCCCUGUUUCUGAAACGGACUCGGCCAGCAAGCCUCAGGACUCCGACGGCACUUUAUGUGAAGAAGGGAACAGUUAAGCAGGACAAGCCCGUGAACCAGGGUCUUGUAAUAACCUACAGCCAAGUCUCACAAGGAUGAACCUGCUCUCCCAGUAGCUCUCCACCUGACCAAGGACCGCUUCACAGGGUUCUGGUGUUUGUUUGAAAGGAGGAGACGGCUGAAGUGAACUUGCUGAGGUGCUCAGCUCUGAAGUGAAAGGCUAUUUUCCGUAGCUCUUUUAACAGCUGUAUUUCAAGAAGAGGUAGCAGCCUUCCCCGAGCCAAUGUAGCUGCAAGUUUUCCCAUUCUGUUCUUCUCUUUGGUGGGUUCAGGGGUCUUGUAGGAAUCCUCCAGUUUUUAGGAAAUUGCUUUUAAAAACACAAUGACAGAAAGAAAGAGUGCUCACAGGGAAAAAAUAGAAAAGUAACUAGUGUUUUGGGGGGUUGAUCUUUUGAUGCUGGAAUGGUGCUACUAGUUAGAAAAGAUGACUGCAGACUAACUAGUAUUCUAGCAGAGAAUGUGCAACAGUGCAAAAAAGUGAAGGAUUAUACUAACAGUUUCAUGUGUUGUUUUUCUUAAAAACGUGUUUCUUUUAAUUAAUGCAUUUUUGAAUAUAAUAAGGGAUAAAGUAAACCAGCCUUACAUUUUUACACUUUAGUUUCCUAUUACACUCCACUAGGUGGAAUCUGAUUCUUUGUAAACAGAUACUAAUUUUUUCAUAAACUGUUUUUGACUAAAUGUUCUUCCACGUUGCCCACAUAUGUAGAUAUUUUUCUUUUGUUUUGUUGAGAGCAAUACCAAGGGUACAGUUUCUAAGACUUGGUCUUUUUCCAUACUGAUAUUAAAAAAAAACGCAGUCAAAAACUGCUCAAAAAGACGGCUGAGAAGCACAUGGGAUUUUCACAUGAACAGAAAGCACUGCCAAGAAAAGAAAUGAUUAUGGUUUAUAAGUCUUUUAUAAGUUUUUAGUUUGUAGAUUUGCACUACAGUUAAUUUUAUUGUUCUUUUUUAAAUUAUAGGAAUCUAUUAAUAAAACUGUUAGUAUGAUUUACUAAUUGGAAUGAAGAAUGGAUUUGAAAGAAAAGACAAAUUACUUGAAAGUUAACAGCCCUGUUAACAUUUGUUAAUGUUUUGGUUACCAAAGAGUUCAUUUUAGCCUUCAGUAUUUACUUGUCAGGGCAUAGUUUAGUUUAUCUCUAAAAUUUUGAUGUUAGACUAAAUGUUAUAAGGCUGUUUUGCAAAGCUACACUUAAAAGUGCUACUGAAUACUACAUCUUAUAACUUUUAACACCAACCAGAUUUUUCCUAACAUUGGCUUAAGAUCCUAUGUCCUUUGCUUUCUCAUUGUUAGAAGUUGUGCAUAUAAUUUUAUGAAAUAUCUACAUAUUAAUAUUAGUUUUUUUAUUGUGAAUGUAGAUCAUACAUUUCUUAUAAUAGUGUAGUAAGAGAGAGUUUUUUUUCUGGAGAACGCCAAGAUGCUGUGUGUUGGUUCCCCAGUGUGAUGUGACAAAAAGUGAUAGUUCAGCCUGUCAUUAGCUGGACAUUUAAAAACAUUAAUUCCAGGAAUAAAGCAUGUAAAUGGCAUUUGACCUUAAGUAUCCAAUAAGGAAAAAAAGCUGUUGGUGUUAAUAUUUGAAGUUGUAUGAUAAAAUGGUGAGUAGCGUUUUAGGAGACCUGUAAAAGCAAGACUAAUUUUAACAACUCCACUGUCCAUUGUUUUUUUUAUUUUUCUUGUGACUGAUUUUCUCUUCUGAGCAGUUUUAUAUUCUUUGUAAAUAGAAAAUUGUAAAAGUAACUUUUGACUUCUUUAUACUUCACAGGAUUUGUACAUUUUUAGAGCCUUUUUUUUAAAGAGGGGGAUAAACUUUUUGUAGACUAUUUAUUUCAGAGUAGUGAAAAGAUUGUUGUGAGUUCUUUUCCCAUCUGCAGUCCUGUUGCUUUAGUUUGAGAAGUUUUGUCAAUUCUGAGGUUUUUAAAGUUACCAUGUGUCUAAAAAGGUGGAGCACCAGAUCCUGUAGUUAACAAGCUUCCAAUCAAACCAGGCUGCUAUGUUUGUCAGUCUCUGUAAUAAAGCUUGUGUUAUUAAAUGUCCAGUCUGAGUCACUACAAUCAAGGAGUCCAUAACAAGACAUUUGGCCCACCUGUAUACACUGACUUUGAUGAUUGAAUAAAUUGUGAGAAAAUGAAAAAACUCAAUGUCAAAAUAAGUGAAAAAGGGUUCCAGGUAUCUGUGGACUCCUGUUACUAAUGACAUCUCUUCCUGAACAGUUCAUGCCACCUUCUAUAACACAUUUAAAGCUAACAGCAGGCUAUUCUGAUUUGAAGCCAAGUAAAGGCAACGUUACUUUUUUUCAUAAGCAUAACAUGCAUUUUUGAGAUCAUUACAUGAAGUGGUUUGAAGACUUCUUUAACAUAAAUUGGGGCUACUUGAAACUAUAAAGAUGCUGCCCUCCUCUCCCAGUCCAUCAAUACAGCAUUUGGGGACAUGUUGCUGAAGUAGGUAUAAUGACAUAGCAUAACAAAAGGACUUUAAAACCACCAAUAAUGAGACAAGUAAAGUGCAGGGAUUUGCUGAACCUUCCCUGUCUCAGUCCCUGCUUAGUGUACCAGCAGGAACUUAUCCAGUAUUCUUACGAGAAGGAAACGAGGAGCAACACACUAAAUUUGAAAACUUACACACUGCAGAAAUUCUCCCCUUACUGUUUAUCCACAUAAGGCUGAGAAAAAUAAUUUUAUAAUAUUCCCUAAAAGUCUUAAUCUGAUCAAGAUACUCAGGUCCUUUCCAUCAUUUACAUUUUCUUACAGAAAAGUUGAUUAAAUUAAUAAACAUAAGGUAAAUAAGACUACAAGAUAUGUAUUAAAGGUGCUUUUUCAUUAAUAAAGGUUGUGCAAAGACUUUAAA